AUUGGAUAAAUGUUAUUCUGAGUUUUUAAACUAUCUCAACGAAAUAUGGCAUACACAGUGUUAUAUUUUACGGAUUUCCUAAUAGUUUGGCGGAAUCUGGCGAGUCGGACAUUUCGAUCUAAGAGUACAUACAUAAAAAAGUUGUUCUAUGAAAAAAUUCUUUGCUGUUAAAGAUAAUCAGCCCAAAAAUCCUAUUUCUGUAAUUAUACACAUGUUUGUACAUAACAUAAUUAUAUCAUCCUAUAGUUUCCAUAGUAAUGGUAGAUAUCAUCACCUCGCUUGCUGAGGCAUGCUCGAUCAAAGCUGAUCUGGGAGAGCUUUUUAAGUUUUCAGCUCAGCGCAGUUUGGAGUGGGACAUCCCUCAGCAAAGGCUUGCAUAACAUAUUAUACCUGGAAAAAAGUCGCCAAUGGUACAGGGCGAUGGUGAAGCUAAGGACGAUGGCCAGAAUAUAUAGCUUAUGUUCUGUGAUGCCCACAGACAUUGCACACGUCGGUAUUUGGCAGCAGCGUAUUCCUGAUGAUCUAUCGAAUGAAAUACACUGUUUUUGUCAGGCGAUGACAGAUACUUAUAAAUCGAUCCACUUACAUCGUAGAAUCUGCCACAAAUAGUUUGCGAAAUGCUGAUUGGAGCAUACCGGGGUAUUAUUCAGAUAUCAAGAAGAAGGCGAAAAUCAAAUCAAUGCCAUAGGCACAGAGAGUAUACGAUGCGUGAAUUGGCUCAUUGUAGGUGAGACUCAGAGCCCAAAUAGCUUACAAGAAAAGAAAAGCUAUCCAAAUGAGCUAAUACAUAGCUACCUGCCAAGGCUAGGAUCUUCACCAACCCUUGGCCAUCCUUAAUAAAAGAUUGUAGGAGAAUUCAGGGCACGGCACCUAUUGGAUACUGCGUUUCGAACUGAAGUGAAAAAACGUGUUUAACUGCGGGGAAAGGAUACGAGUUCAUAUCACUUGUAAAUAUCAAUAUGACUAUGUAUCCCAAUUGAUAAUCUCGUUCUUGACCUGCCUCAAGCCAAAAAUCAAAAGCGCCUGGUACGAAAACCCAGGCGGUGGGGAUGUGUGUAUAACCCAUCUUUAUCCACAGAAAGACAUCCUUUGUUCGAAAAGGUUUAUUGGAGUGUAAUUCAAAUAAUGUGUUCCAAAAAAACUUGUAAUUCAAUCGAAUCAUUUAUAAAAACACUAUUUCCAAAAUAAUUAAAUUCGAUAACAAAAUAUUUAUACAGUACUCCGAUUUCGUUCGCGCAUAACAGCACAGAAAAGCAGUCAUCUGUUUUAACUUUGCGCUUAACAGCACUAUCCGUAUGCUCUGUGGUCAACACAACAAAUUUGUGAAGGAAAAACAUUUGCAAAUUAUAAAAGCCAUAACUUGUUUAUUUGCAGGAAAAUGGAGGAGAUGUGCAGAGUUUGCAUGGUCAGAUCCGGAGCACUCGCAAACAUUUUUGAUGAGACACAAAAAUGGGACACUUGCAUUGCUGACAUGAUAGCCCAGUGUACCGGUUACGUGGUUAGGCGAGGGGAUUCACUGCCAGAAAAAAUAUGCCCGCCUUGCCUUGAGGAUGCAGUGAGUGCAUUCAAUCUUAAGAAAUCCUGCGAGCAGAGCCAUCGACUAUAUUUUCCAGUGAUGGAAGAGGAUAUAAAAACAGAUCUCUGUGAUAAUUUUGAACAGAACGACUGGAACAUGUCAAUAAGCAGAAAAAAAGCGCCGAUUUUGGAAACUGAUGAAAAAAAAUGUAAAGGUGAUAAGGAUGUGGAUCUUCUGUUUAAGUGUACUCACUGCUCGAAGUCUUUUAAACGGAAAUGCAAUUUGCAAAAUCACAUCCGUAUGCACACGGACAAACAAUCCUACCAAUGCUCUCACUGUUCAAAGUCGUUUAAUCGAAAAUCAAGUCUUCAAAGUCACAUGUGUUAUCACACGGAGGAGCGACACAACAAAUGUGUCCACUGCUCAAAGUCAUUCGUAACCAUGAGCGCACUGAAGCGGCACUUUCUUACUCAUAUCGACGGACAACCCUACAAGUGCUCCGACUGCUUAAACUCCUUUAAAACUGAAAACGAACUCAAAGAACACAUCCGUGUUCACACAGUGGAAGAGCCCUACCAAUGCCCCUUCUGCUCGAAGUCAUUUAAGCUGAAAUCGAUUCUCCAAAGACACUGUCGUACCCACACUGCGGAGAGAGCUUAUAAGUGUUCUGACUGCUCAAAGUCCUUUAUUACUCAAAGCGAACUCAAAGUACACAUCCGGGUUCACACAGGGGAACAGCCCUACCAAUGUCAGCACUGCCCAAAGUCAUUUCAGCGAAAAUCUAAUCUUAAAAGACAUAAUCGUAUCCACACGGGGGAGAGACCUUACAAGUGUUCCGACUGCUCCAAGUGUUUUUCCAUCGCCACAAAUCUCCAGGCUCAUAUCCGUCGAUGGCACACAACUGACCGACCCCACAAGUGCACUCACUGCCCGAAGUCGUUUACAGAAAAAUCUCAUCUCCAGAUACACAUGCGUAAACACACGGGGGAGCGACCGUACAAGUGUACCCAAUGCUCAAAGUCCUUUACUCGAACCGGAUCUCUCCGGCGACAUAUCAGUACGCACACGGAUGAACGACCCUACAAAUGCACCGACUGUUCAACGCUGUUUCAACAAAAAUCCCAACUUCAAAAACACACCCUUAUGCAUACCGGCGAACGACCGUACAAAUGCAGUGACUGCUCACAGUCCUUUCUACAAAAAUCCCAACUUGAGGCACACAUCCGUACUCACACGCGACCUUACAAAUGCUCCCACUGCUCGAAAUGCUUUAGAGAAAAAUCCAAUCUUAAAAGACAUACCCGUACGCAUACGGAUGAACGACCCCACCAAUGCUCACAAUGCUCGAAAUCAUUUCAAGAAAAAUCGAAUCUCCAGGUGCACAUACGUUCUCACACAGGGGAGCGCCCAUUCAAGUGUACCCACUGCUCAAAGACAUUUAGAUAUAAAAAUAAUAGCUACCAGAGACACGUAAUUACUCACACAAGAAGUGACAAGUAUGCCAUUCCGGCACUUUUCGAGAUCACUUCCAUAAGAACGCUGAAAAUGGAAGGUGUAGAAUAAGAUUUUUAAGCUUUUUUUGAACAUAAGCUUGGCAUGUUCAAUUAUUUCCACUAUCUUUACUGCGAAAAUUCUUCAUUAAAAAGAUGUAUGAAGAUAUUGAAUCGCUGGCGGAUGAAUCUGUUUCAAUGUUUUUGCUUUUGGCGAAGAUGAACAAUGUUCACCACUCUGUUUUUCAUAUUAUAUGGGGCC